AUGGAGUUUGAAAACAAUUUGUUGAAGUCUAAAUCAUGGGACCCUGAUGAUAUCUCUAAGAAAGGAUUUGAAAUUAUUGGACAUUGUAAGGAUGGAUGUAGUGAACAUAACCUGGACACAAGAAACACAGAUCGUAAAGAAGACUUCAGAAACUGUACAUUACAGAAUACUUUUACAAUAACACUCGAACCAGUGAAAAAGGAAAAUGUUAAAUUUGUCAGAUAUCCUUAUGUUUGUGAUAGUAAAAUUCUGGAUAUUUCUGCAACCUUAUUAGGAAUGGAAACCACCAACCCUGUAUUUUAUUUUAAAGGACUUGAUCAUAUUCAUAAAACUAUAAAUUGUGAUUGUACUGUAUAUACAUGUUCAGGACAACUCAAAGUUGAAAUAUUUCAUCUCCAUGGUGACAAUAUUUGUGAAAAUGCUCAACUAUUUUCCGUUAAACAUCUGAUACGUUGUUCGCCAAAUGAUGUUCAAAAUUAUACUUCACCGGAGAAUAUUAAAACAAAGUUCCUGAACAUUAAAAUAAGAAAUAUGACAGUUACUGGUGAUGAAGUAGUGUUUUUUAAAGUUCACGGAAAAGAUUUAUUUGUAACGUGUACGGGCUGUAAAGCUAUUCAAGACGCCGUAUUCGAUAGGGCAGGACAUAAGCCGGACAGUAUUAGUAAAAACUUUAUCUUUUUACAAGAGUCUGCUUCUCCAUCAACAACAACUAAAAAGCCAACACCCCCAUCAGCUAACCAAUCAACUACUUCAACAGCAAUCCAAUCACCUACUUCAACAGCAAACCCACCCCCUACUUCAACAGAAAACCCACCUCAUACUUCAUCAGUAAACGAAUCGUCAACUUCAUCAUCAAAACAAACACCUACUUCAACAGAAUCAGCAACCACAAGUCUGGAAAUUUACGCCAUGUUUGGUGGAAUUCUAGCUGGUAUAAUAAUUAUCAAUAUAGUGGUAAUAGGAAUCUAUUGUUUCAUCAGUAAGCGAGAAAAGCCACCGGAAAGUGAUUAUGAUAAUGUCGGGUUUCGCCGACCUGACGAAACAGAGAUUCCAGAGUACCUAGAGUUAAAUUUUUAG